UCUCCGCACAUACAUCCACGCAUGUGUGUUUAUAUACGUGCACAAGAGAGUGUAAUCGCCGAUUACAUUAUCUGUAUAUAUUCGUGCAUAAAGUGUAGAGAGUAAGAGAGAAAGAGAGAAGAGCAGCGCAAAAGAGAGACAGAGAGACAAGUUAUUAUUGUCUAUUGCCAAGUUGUGCCUUUCGCGACGGCUACGACGACUGCUUGGGAUUCUUCUUCUAUUGUAUCAUACAACGCUCUCGGUGCUUGUGACUGUGCUUACAUAUACAUAGAUAUACAUGUACGCAACUGCUACUGUGCAUACGAGUAUGUGCGUACGAUAUAAUCAGAGGAAUAGAUUCAUGGACUGCUAGUAGCCUGCUGUGAAAUUUUUCAUUAAUCGUUGAACCUCUCUGUUAAGUUUUAAAAUGACUGAGUACAAGCUUGUUGUUGUUGGUGCUGGUGGCGUUGGAAAAUCAGCCCUCACGAUCCAGCUUAUCCAGAAUCAUUUUGUUGACGAAUACGAUCCCACCAUUGAAGAUUCGUACAGAAAACAGGUUGUCAUUGAUGGAGAAACCUGUUUGCUGGAUAUUUUGGAUACAGCAGGUCAGGAAGAAUACAGUGCAAUGAGGGAUCAGUACAUGAGGACGGGAGAGGGUUUUUUACUUGUAUUUGCUGUUAACUCUGCCAAAAGUUUUGAGGAUAUAGGAACAUAUCGUGAACAAAUUAAGAGGGUUAAAGAUGCUGAAGAAGUGCCAAUGGUACUUGUUGGAAACAAAUGUGAUUUACAGCAAUCUUGGGCUGUUAACAUGACACAAGCGCGAGAAGUUGCCAGGCAGUACGGAGUUCCUUUUGUUGAAACAUCUGCAAAAACCAGGAUGGGAGUAGACGACGCAUUUUACACUUUGGUGCGAGAAAUACGUAAGGAUAAAGAACAAAGGGGCAAAGAAAAGAGGAAGCGUAUGAAGGCCGGCAAUUCGAGUCGCAGAAAACAUCGGUGCACUAUCCUCUAAUUUUACUAGAGGAUAGAUACCAAAUUUGAUUUUUGAAAGAACGUUUGCAUAUACCUUUCACUUGAGUCACGAAGAAAGUGAAAAACAGUGCAAAAUUGUACAAUAUUUUACCAGUUUUAAAAACUUUUGUAACUGCUAAUGAUCAAUGCAAUUUACAGUAAAUCGUUGAUGGAACUUUCUAUUGUUGACGAUGAAAAUAUCUUUAAAAUUGAAAUUCUGAUUACCUGCUCCUUAUGAUUCUGACAUAAGGAUACAAAUUAUUUAAAGAACGAUGAAGUAAUAUUAUUUUUCCAAGUGUUCAAUACUUGCUUAAGUGUUUUUUAAGUAUUGGUAUGAUAAGUGUAGUUAUAGCUAUAUUGAUCAUGAUUGUAUUAAUUUUUUACUCUGUGAAUUUGUUAUGAAUAUAAACUCAAUGGUAAAGUUGAAAAAUGUUGCACAAACUGUUGUUCGUUUUGAUAAAAUCAUUCAGAAAUAUUGAAAUGAAGGCAAUAAAUAUUUUACUGUGAUUAUCUGGCCUCUAAUAUCAACAAAUACAUAGGUACAGAAUUUUCACAAUUUGUAUGCAUAUAUGUGUAAGAAUAUGCAUGCAAUGUCAUCAGCAUAAUUAAAUCAUUUAAAACAGUAUUUUGAAUAUUGUGCAUGCAUUUUUGUACAUUCAUUUAAAAUUACCAUUAAAUACGCGAAAGGCAUUGUACAAAAUUCAAAAUAACACAGGGCACAAUAUAAAAAGAUUUAAGAAAUAAUUGAACAGCUUCUAUAAAUCUUUAGAUCAAUCUGGACAUUGUUUAGAGAGUGGAGACGCAGAAUUGUCUCGCACAAUGAAUUCAUAAUUGUAUUUCGUGCUUGUGAAUACUUUUGUAUUUUAAAAAUAUUUUUUAAUCAAAUUAAGUUAAAAUAGCUAGUAGUGCAUCUAAAAAAAGUAAAAAUCAAGAAGUCUAGAAUGAUGAGCAAGUGACCAUUCUCAAUAAGUCAUUCUCUGUUACUUUCUGAGAUGCGUGCAUGAUUCUUUAUUCUUUUGAAAUCUUUAAUCUAAAAAUUUUUAACUAUUGGUUGAAUGGUACAAAAAUCAUGAUAUUGUAUUUUAAUAAAUUUCGAUGAUGCGAACGGGGUAACAAAAGUACUUGCACAGCAUCAAAAAGUUAAUAUUCAAUUGACAAAAUUUAUUUAUAUUUGUACCCUUGAAUUACCUUUGUAUACAUACUAGUAUAACUAUGUAACGUUUAAGUAAUCGCUAACGAUUAAAAAAAAGGACGAAAAACAACAAAAAGGAUAAGAUCGAAUGAUUGAACUCACUUAGCAAUAAGAAAAUUAAAACUUGUAUAUAGUUUUUAAGCUCGCUGCAAGUAUACAGAGUCGAAGACAAACGAAACGAAAAAGAAAGCACAACAGGACUUCUUCUAUGUGAUAUAAUAAGUGAGCGCACGUUAAUGAGAGAGAGAAAGAGAGAAAUAGAUGCACGAUAAUGAUGAGUCUUGUUGAAAACACGACGAUUUGUGAGAAUAAGAUAAUGCAUAUUCCAUUUUUCGAAUGCCGCGAAAACGUGAACUUUUGUGAGUGCUGCGCGCGGUCCUGUGUUCUUCUCUCUUCGCCGAAUUUUUUUCUCUCUUUUCGAUUACUAUACACGCACACCGAUAACUAUAUCUAUAUAAAUCUAACGACUUAUAUUAUUAUUAUUGUGCAUAAUUACGAAUUAGAUUCGUUUUUAAAGCCCGUAUUUUAAUUAUUUUUUUUACAUAUAUACUUCAUCUGCGUCUAUUAUAUAUAUUAUAUGAAAAGAAAAGUUUUGUAUAACAAUUCAUCGUGUAGAUUGUUUGUUUGUUUUUUUUUUUACUUUUUUUUUAGUAAUAAUUAUGAUAAUCCAUCAGUCUGCGAUCUUCAUACCGAAGGAUUGUAAUAUACCUGCUCUUCCAAUGAUGACUCUUAUUGCCAUUGUAAUGCAAUUGUAUAAGAAUGAAACGUGCAAAUACACAUUUUUUAAUCUAUUGAUA